CGUAAUUGAUUCUCGAUCUAUCGGAGCAUAAAGAAAACCCUAAAAACAACAGGAAGUCGAUUCACCGUAAGGCGCGAGAGAUGGAUUUGGAGCAGAAGCAAGCGGAGAUCAUUGAUCAGCUCGUUCGCCGAGCUUCUACCUGCAACGGCGAGUCUCUAUGGCCUAUCAUCGUCGACGCUACUUCGCAUCCUUCUCUUUUCGCCUUUUCCGAGAUUUUGGCUCUACCUAAUGUUUCCCAGCUUGAAGGAACCUCAAAUUCAGUGUACCUGGAUGUUCUACGGUUGUUUGCACAUGGCACCUGGGCUGACUACAAAUGUAACGCCAGCCGUAUUCCUCAGUUGUCUCCUGACCAAAUCCUGAAGCUUAAACAGCUCACUCUGCUUACCCUUGCUGAGUCAAACAAGGUACUGCCUUAUGAUACACUGAUGGUGGAGUUAGAUGUCUCCAAUGUUCGUGAACUCGAGGACUUUCUUAUCAAUGACUGUAUGUACGCGGGUAUAAUUAGAGGAAAGCUGGAUCAGUUGAAAAGAUGCUUCGAGGUUCCAUUUGCAGCUGGUAGGGAUCUAAGGCCAGGUCAACUUGCGAAUAUGUUAUGCACCUUGUCAGACUGGUUGAACACUUCAGAUAAUCUUCUCGUUUCAAUUCAAGAGAAGAUUAAAUGGGCUGACAAUAUGAGUGAGAUGGACAAGAAACAUCGCAAGGAAGCAGAAGAAGGAGUCGAAGAAUUGAAGAAGUCUCUGUCCAUGAAGGGGGAUUUUGGCAGCAGAGGGCAUCAUGAGAUGUUUGGGGAACCAAGUGGAAUGAUGAACUACCAAGGAGAUGGAAUGCGAUCAAAGAGGAGAAGGCAUCCGGUGAGAAGGUAGAGAGACAGAGAAAGGGAGUUGAUGGAGAUGGACGUACCAUUUACUUUUGGUGGCAUUUUUUUUUAUUUGUUAGCAUUUUAUUUCGACUUGUAUAAUGAAUCUCGUCUCCUCUUUUUCUCAAUGCAACAACAAAUUUAGCGGUUA